AGAGAGAGAGAAAUAAGGGAAUCAAACGGAUUUCAGUUUAAAAGUUCUUUUGAAUAAAUUCGGAAAUAAAAGUCGUCUGCCAAUCAUUUCAAUGGCAAUUAAUAAGAAUUGGAAGAACAGUUUGCGGUGUAUAUUUCUACUCUAUCUGACAAUUAAUGCCGAUUUCAAUCCUGGCGGAAAGGAGAACAGAAUAGUCGCUGGUAAUAAUUCAAAAGUCGUUAAUGUAAAGACCUUCACGAUAGCUGAUGGGCAAACGGAUGGCUACUUGCGCUAUAUACGUUCAGCUCAUGUUUACGGCAUUGAGGUAACUCCUCUUGCUAUGAAUCCUAAAUCAGAUAAAAGAACUUCUCAAGUGAUGGAGAACGAUAGGAAAAUAAUGAAUCUUUUGCGUGACGCUAUUGCGCCAUAUUAUAAUCAAAGCGAUACUCUUGUACUAUUCACGCACAGCCACGAUGUAAUUUUCACUGCCAGCCUUCGCGAUAUUGUUGAAAAGUUUCUAGAAACUGAGGCUAAAUUACUUUUCUCGGCGGAAAAGUUUUGUUGGCCUGAUUCUGAUUUAUGUUCCCGUUAUCCCGUCGUACAAAGUCAAGCUUCCCGCUUUCUUAAUUCGGGAGCAUUUAUCGGCUACGCUCCCCAGCUAUAUGCGCUUUUAGAUGACCCCAUCGCUUACGAUAUGGACUAUCAGUUGUAUUUCACUAAAGUGUUUGUAAACGAAAGCCAAAGGGAAAAUUUGGGCAUCAAGUUGGACACGUAUUCCGCGAUAUUUCAAAAUUUAAAUGGAGCCAAAAGGGACAUACAAUUUCUAAUUCAUUCGGUCACGUAUGAAGGUAGUAUUAAAAAUACAAUAUUUGACACGAUGCCUUGCAUUAUACAUGCCAAUGGCGCCAGUAAACGUCAAUUAAAUGCGUUUGCCAAUUAUUUGGUGAGAAAUUUUGAUGAGAAAUGUUUGAUUUGCCAGCAGUUACGUAUUGAAUUACAAGCGAACAAUUUGCCCAUAGUUACUUUGGCGAUAAUCGCCGACGAGCCUGCACCAUUUUUUGAUAAAUUUCUAUUAAAAAUUGCGCAAUUAAAUUAUCCCAAACAAAAGAUGCAUCUAUUCAUCUAUUGUGGCGUACGAUUCCAUGAUUCGCAGUUGGAAGCGUUUGCAGAGGCUUGGAAGAAUGAAUACAUAUCGGUCAAAAGGAUUUCAUCAACAUAUCGACUGGAUGAAAUAAGCAGCAGACAUAUGGCUUUGAACGAAGCUAUCGAUGAUCGUUCUGAUUAUAUAUUUUUUGUGGAGACGUGUGUGCAUAUCGAUGAACCCGACACCCUAAGAAUACUCUUGACCUUGAAUCGACAAUUUAUUUCACCUGUUGUUAGUGAGCCCACAGCGCUGUCAAGUAAUUUCCUUACACUCACUAAUGAAAUAGAUGAUAUUAUAACGCGUAAUAUUAUUGGCAUGUGGAACGUACCCUAUGUCUCGAAUAUUUACUUGAUUAAAAAUGUUGCCUUUAAAUACAUCAACUAUAGCUAUCGCGGCUAUACGCCGGACAGAGCCAUUUGCGAAUCACUCUAUGAUGCGGGUAUAUUUCUUUACAUCAAUAAUGAAUACAUUUAUGGUCACUUAAUUUCUAUCGAGGAAUUCGACAUCUCUGUAGCACGUCCCGAUUUUUACAAUAUUUUUAAUAAUCCAUUAGAUUGGAUGGAAAAAUAUAUACACCCUAACUACACUAAACAACUGGAAGAUAAUUACAAUUAUUUACAACCUUGUCCAGAUGUUUAUCAGUUUGCAAUUACCACUGAUGCCUUUUGUGAUGAUUUGAUAGCCAUUAUGGAAGACUAUGGUAAAUGGUCAAGUGGUAGUCAUAAUGAUGAUCGGACACCAACCGGCUAUGAGGCAGUUCCUACACGCGAUAUACAUAUGAAGCAAGUGGGCCUGCAUGACAUGUGGCUGCACUUCUUGAAUACGAUUAUUAAACCCUUGCAAAGGAAAACAUUUAUCGGUCACGACGUUGACCCGGCAUUCGCUGUUUUUAAUAUAGUAGUGCGUUAUAGGACUGAGGAGCAACCUUCACUCAUGCCUCACGAUGACUUCUCAACCUACACUAUUAAUAUGGCGUUAAAUAACGUUGACAUCGAUUUCCAGGGCGGUGGAGUUCAUUUUUUACGCUACAAUUGCUCAAUUACUAAUAAUAAAAAAGGCUGGAUUCUAAUGCAUCCCGGCAGCUUAUCUCACUUUCACGAGGGCCUACCAAUUACAAACGGCACUCGCUAUAUUAUGAUAUCUCACAUUGAUGCAUUGUAAUCAUUG